AUUUUAUCUUAUUUGACGAUUCUGUUUUUUUUUUUUUUGUUUUUUGUUUUCCCUAAUCAAUCUUCAACAUUCAAUCAAUACGUAUCAUUACUUCUUUCACUCUAUUACAACUACUAUUCUUACAACAACAACAAUAUAUUCACAACUUAGAUGCCAGUUAAUGAUUCAAAAUAUAUUCGAGAAGUAUGGGCGGAAAAUUUGGAUGAGGAAAUGGCCUAUUUGCGUGAUCUAGUAGAAGACUAUCCUUAUCUUGCCAUGGAUACAGAAUUCCCUGGAGUGGUUGCUCGACCCAUUGGUACUUUUCGAACAUCUUCCGACUAUCAUUAUCAAACCUUACGUUGCAAUGUUGACCUUUUGAAAAUCAUCCAACUUGGUGUUACAUUUGCUGAUCAACAUGGAAACUUACCUGGAAACAUAUGUACUUGGCAAUUCAACUUCAAGUUCAACCUAGAUGACGAUAUGUAUGCUCAAGAUUCAAUUGAACUACUGACGAAAUCUGGAAUUGACUUUAAGAAACAUGAAGAAUAUGGAAUUGAUGUAGAACACUUUGGAGAGCUGUUGAUCAGCUCAGGCUUCGUCUUAUUGGAUGAUGUUAAAUGGAUAUCCUUUCAUAGUGGAUAUGACUUUGGUUAUUUACUGAAAGUUUUGACUUGUUCAGCGAUGCCGGCCGAUGAAUCCGAAUUCUUUGAAUUGCUUCGAACGUAUUUCCCAUGUGUUUAUGAUAUAAAAUAUCUGAUGAAAAGCUGCAAGAAUCUUAAAGGUGGUUUACAGGACAUAGCCGAUGAUCUACAAGUAGCACGUAUUGGACCACAACAUCAAGCAGGUAGCGAUAGUUUGUUGACAUGUACAGCCUUUUUCAAGAUGCGUCAAAUGUUUUUUGAAGAUAAGAUUGAUGAUCAAAAAUACUUGUAAGUGUGUGUGUCCAUAGAAACAAAUAGAUAGUAUAUCUGAUUAUUAUUAUUAUUUGGAACAAAAAGGGGCUACUUAUAUGGACUUCGAUGUGGACCAAAUACAAGUGUACAAUUACUCACAAAUGCAACAAGCAAUCUCUCACUGACAGCAACCACUACCACAUCCACGUCCGGGAAUACGAUAGGUGAAGAUGGGGUCAAUACAAAAGUGUUGCCGAACGGGACUAGUCUGAAAGCUGUCAAUGCAUCCUAGUCUUACUCUUUGAUUUUUAUUUUAUUUUAUUAUUUUUAUUUUUAUAUCAUUCAAUAAAACUGAAAAACAAUUCAAAACAAA